AUGGCCUCACACCCAUCCACCAACGCAGCCAUGGCUAACCAUGAGUCUCAACCCACGCAGCCGACAUGUCAGAAUUGCAGCACCUCAACAACGCCCCUCUGGCGUCGCGACGAGAUGGGCUCUGUGCUCUGCAACGCCUGCGGCCUCUUCCUCAAACUCCACGGUCGCCCGCGACCCAUCUCUCUCAAGACGGACGUGAUCAAGAGUCGAAAUCGCGUGAAGACGAUGCGCCCGGACAUGCAGAUGAAGAAGAAGCAAAGCAUUCCUACCAACCACGUUGAUCACAAUGGCAUGAACAUAUCAGCGCAUGAUAAUGCGACACAGGCUGCAGCUCUGGCUGCGGUACGGCGUGCUUCGCAGCACAAGUCUAAUGGCCAUGGUGACGACUCGAAUUCUCCUGUGUCGCGCACGGGAACGCCUUCCAUGUACGACGGACAUCUACAAGUCUUCCAGGGUAUGGAGGCGCACCAUUUCCAGUCCCCUGCGGUGCCCCAGUAUUCCAUGCCAGGUGGUUCCCCUGGCCGUCCGGCUUCGCCCCUCAACGGCGAGCAUCAUCUCGACAUCCCGCAAACCCACGAACAACUUAUCGCUGCCAACUCGAGUCUGAAAACCCGUGUCAGCGAACUUGAUCUGAUCAACGAGCUGUACCGUGGCCGCUUGACGCAGCUAGAGCAAGACCAACAGAACUCGGAUAACUACCGUCAUCAGGCAGAGAUGGCGGCCCGAGACGUGGAAGAAGCCCAGCGCAAGUUGCAGGAUACGCAGAGAGACCUUGAGGACAGUCACAGGAGAGAGAACAUCCUGAAGCGACGGCUUGACGAAAUGGAACAAGAGCUCCAGGAGCUCAAGGACCUUAAGGAUCUCAAGAACGCCAAUGAAAAUAUCGAUGGCCGGCUCGAGGCCAUGGGGCCCGUGGAGAACGUCGUGCACGUCGAGCCCGCGGAGCAUAUGGAGCACAUGGAGCCUAUAGAGCCUAUGGAGCCUAUAGAGCCUAUGGAGAACAUAGAGGCAUCAGAGACCACGGUGACCUUAGAGACAACGGAGACCGUGGACGCUGAUGAUGAGCCUCCGUCCAAGAAGCCACGUCUCGAAGAGAAGCUAGAGAGGUCCGAUGCUGUGUCCACAUCCCUGCCUAUUUCAUGA